CCAACCCGUUAAUUUUGAAGAAGCUCGGAGUCGAAGACACGAGAGUAAGGAUGGGCUCGGUGGCAGUGGCGGUAGCGUCAAUGUUGUUCGCAGGCGGCUGCCGGAGCCUCGCCGUGCCUGCGGCGGCGCGCGCCCUUCGCGUCUCGCGAGCAGUUCUCAGCUAUCGCCAAAACAAGCAGGCUCCGAGUUGGUGCUGUCGGAGUUCACACAACAGUUACACCGCACUCGCCGAUGAAUCUGAAUGCUCAACAACCGACGCCGGAAACUUAACCGCCACUUCUUCUUCCGAUAGUUUCCCGAACUAUGACCGGUUGCUUCCAUGUCCUUCGCACAAAACUCCACCGAGAAUUGAACACCUAGUCGUAACCGAAGGAGGACCUGUUUUAGAGCACAUUUGCAAGGCUCUCGAUCUUCCUCCUUUGUACGUUUCAGAUCUGAUCCAAUUUGGAGCUGUGUACUAUGCUCUUGUUUGUCCGCAGCCUCCUCCGAAUGCUACUGAGGAGCAAAUUAGGAUAUUCAAAGAAGUAACGGAACCUUCGGUCUUGCGCAAAAGAGCUUCCAUCAAAGGAAAAACUGUGCGAGAGGCGCAGAAAACUUUCCGCGUAAUUCACGUGGAUCAAUUUGUUGAGCCAGGGACGUAUUUGCGAGUGCAUGUCCAUCCCAAACGUUUUCCUAGGUGUUAUGAGAUUGAUUGGAAAUCAAGGAUCAUAGCUGUGGCGGAAUCCUAUGUAGUUUUGGAUAAACCUGCUGGUACAUCUGUUGGUGGCACUACUGACAACAUUGAAGAAAGUUGUGCAACCUUUGCAACUCGUGCCUUGGGAAUGACAACCCCUUUGAUAACUACCCAUCAAAUUGAUAAUUGCACUGAAGGCUGCGUGGUAUUGGCUAGGACCAAAGAGUAUUGCUCUGUUUUUCAUGGCAAAAUCAGGGAGAAAAAGGUGAAGAAGCUCUAUCUUGCUCUUGCAGCAUCUCCUUUGCCAACUGGAAUCAUUUCCCACUAUAUGCGUCCUAUUAACAUGGCUCCUAGACUUAUUUCUGAAGAAUUCAUCAAGGGAUGGCAUCUGUGUCGACUUGAGGUCAUAGAAUGCAGAAAGGUUCCCUGGCCAACUACUGCUGUUCAAGACAAGUAUUGUAUUGAAGACUGUGGGUGGCCUUCUCAAGAUUAUGCCUAUGAGUGCAAAAUCAACCUUCUUACUGGUCGAACACAUCAGAUUCGAGCUCAAUUUGCUGCAUGCAGGGCACCAUUAAUUGGUGAUUCCAUGUAUAUGCCAGCUGCAAUUGCGGAUAUCAGUAAUCCCGGACUUAAUCCAUUUGGAAAAUACAAGAAAGAUUUCAGUAGUGAGAGUGAAAAGGAAACCGCUGUUAUGAAUUGGAUUUCACAACAUGGAAAAGAGCCGAGUGUUGCAAUUGGCCUUCAAGCAUGUCAAAUUUCAUGGGAUGACGAUGAACACUUUUACCAAGCUGGUUCACCUUGGUGGAGGAGUUAAAAUGCUUGAAAUGACUGCUGGAGUUGAGGACAGGGAUCACCUUUAUAGUUAUGUUUUCAUCUUGCCUCAAUUUUACAUGCAGAUAUUCAACAUGUAGAAGAGCGGCCAUGGAUCACUCUUAGUCUGUAACCGUAUGAUAGUUUCUCCUUCUGCCGGGAUAAGAAAGCAAUAUUUCCCUGAGGUUGUAGAGGAAGGUGAUGAGACUGUUGCUGGUUUGAAGAGACAAACCCAAAUAAAAAGGAAAGAAAAGGAGCUCCAUAUAGGGAUUUAAAUUGUGCAUGCUGUCAUAUAAUGGUGAGCCUGGUAGCAUCCUGUCUAGCAUAAUCAAGUCUGAACAGGUAAACCAGAGGAUAGGAUAUUCACGGAUAAUUGGAUAAAGUCUUUUCGAGAAGAGAAUUUAGUUUAUAUAUUUUAGUUUUACUAGGAGAGAUUGAAGAACUGAGAAAAUGUCACUACGUAUUGGAAACAUCUGAUUAAGUUUUGUUAUUAACGCCUUAAACUAAGGUCAAUCUCAAAAUGUUUGUACAAACAUUUCCCGUUUUGGCUAGGGAGUCUUAUUUAUGCUCAACAAUCAGUUGCUUGGACUAA